AUGGGCGCCACGGUGUCGGUCGUCAAGACCUUGAUCGUGCCGGCCAUCAUCUCGCUCAUCCUGUUCCUCGUAUCGACCUAUCUUCUCGCACCGCUAUGGCGCAGAUGGCGCAAUCGCUAUAGCCAAUACCUACCUAUCGACUCCAUAACCACCUCGAGUCUAUCAUUACGGCAUCGCUUGCAGAACGGCAUUGCAAGGCUGAUGGUGCCCAGCACCUGGAGGCGGAAUGCUCAUGAACGUCUCGUUAUUGCAACCGAUGCGUCCGAAGAUGGCUUCAUGUCAGAAGACGGAGAAGAGCUUGGGGAAGUGGGGGAAGAUGCCCGAAGAGCCCUCGCAGAUGAUGCCCGGCAAGGCAGGCAUGACAGCACGAGACGGUUGAGUAGAGACCUGGAAGAGGGCUUCAGAGACGACAGUGACGAUGACGACGAUGGAGCUGGUAAUAGGCGGUAG